AGCUUUAUAACAAUUAUUCAUCUUCUCAUCUCCAUUUCCAUUUCCAUUUCCAUUUCAUCUGAUGAACAAAGCUCUUCCCUUUCCUUCUCCUCUCUCUCUCUCUCUCUCUCUCUUUCUCUCUCUAUCACACACACACACACAGAGACAGACAAAGACCCAGAAUCCUUCUCCUCGCUGGGAAUCCAAAUUCGAACGAUCGGAGUAGGUGGGAACGAGCUAUCGGGAAUUCAGCGCCUUCUGUGUUGGCGGCUGCAUGCGGGCUUUUCUGGGCAAUCGGAGCUGCCCCGUGAAUUGUGUAUAAGCCCUGAACUCUACUGAUCAAUCACUUGCAACCCAAGGACCUUUUGAAUACCCAUCCUGCUGCGGAACUUGGGGCACUGCCCGAAAUAACUCGCAGCAGUGCCCAAUGGAUGCCACCACGAGCGGGACCCCCUCGAUCCCCUACCACAACAUUGCCGACCCUCCGAUCACUCCCAUCGUCGAUUCCCCAGGGGCGGCAUUCCAGCGUCAGAUGCGCCAUUGCUUUGGGGACUCAAGGCCCGGGGAGUUCCCGUUGGCAGCUAACCCCUCUAUAGUCCUACAUGUCCUCACGGCCUGUAAUUUGGAUCCGCAGGACCUUGCAAAACUCGAGGCAACCUGUAACUUCUUCCGGCAGCCAGCAAAUUUCGCCCCUGACCCUGAGCUCUCCAUAACUGAGCUCGCAGCUCUUGAUAUGUGCCAGAAGAGGGCCAUCUUUAGGCCCAUGAAGGCAUCAGAGAGGCAGGAGCUGAAGGAGAGAUGUGGGGGCUCGUGGAAGCUCGUCCUGAGCUUCUUGCUUGCCGGAGAAGCGUGUUGCCGAAGAGAGAAGUCUCAGGCAAUUGCAGGCCCAGGUCAUAGCAUCGCUGUGACAUCUAAAGGGGCUGUUUAUACUUUUGGUUCCAACAGCUCAGGGCAGUUAGGGCAUGGCAACACCGAGGAGGAGUCACGGCCUCGACUCAUAAGAUCUCUUCAGGGCAUUCGAAUAAUCCAAGCAGCUGCCGGUGCGGGCAGGACAAUGCUUAUUAGCGAUGCAGGUCAGGUCUACACCUUUGGGAAGGAUUCCUUUGGAGAGGCUGAGUACGGGGCCCAGGGAUCUGAGCUGGUCACAACCCCACAGCUCGUGGAAUCUUUGAAAGGCAUAUUUGUCGUGCAAGCUGCGAUCGGGAAUUUCUUCACAGCCAUUCUAUCUAGAGAAGGCAGGGUCUACACAAUCUCUUGGGGCAAUGAUGGAAAACUGGGCCACCAUACAGAACCGAAUGACUUGGAGCCUCGUCCUCUUCUCGGGGCACUCGAGAACGUGCCGGUUGUCCAAAUUGCAGCUGGAUACUGCUAUCUUCUUGCUCUGGCUUUUAAACCUACUGGAAUGUCGGUCUACUCUGUUGGCUGUGGCUUGGGAGGAAAGCUCGGGCACGGCUCUAGAACCGACGAGAAGCACCCGCGUCUAAUCGAGCAGUUCCAGCACCUAAAUCUCCACCCAAUGGUGGUGGCAGCUGGGGCUUGGCAUGCAGCCGUGGUGGGCCGGGAUGGAAGGGUCUGCACAUGGGGCUGGGGUCGCUAUGGCUGUUUAGGACAUGGCAAUGAAGACUGCGAGUCAGUCCCUAAGGUUGUGGAAUCGCUCAGCAAUGUGAAGGCAAUCCAUGUUGCCACAGGGGACUACACAACUUUUGUUGUGUCCGAUGUUGGGGAUGUGUACUCUUUCGGGUGCGGAGAAUCUGCUAGUCUCGGGCACAAUCCCGCUGGGGAUGGACAGGGCAACAACAGGCACGCAAAUGUGCUAAGCCCAGCUCUAGUGACCUCACUGAAGCAAGUGAACGAGCGGUUCGUCCAGAUCAGCCUGACCAAUUCCAUCUACUGGAAUGCCCACACCUUCGCCCUCACCGAGUCGGGCAAGCUGUACGCAUUUGGGGCAGGAGACAAAGGGCAGCUAGGGAUAGAGCUUCCAGCAAACCAAACGGAGAGAGGCAGUCCAGAGCGGGUCGAUCUCGAUCUAAGCUAAGCACGCAGACUAAAGACUGCUUUCCCCACCAACCAACCUAUCUAUUUUAUCUAUCUAACCAUUGGAAUGCUCGCAUUCCCAUUCAUUUGCAUAGCAGCACUUGUUGUUCUGAUUUGAUGCUGUUUUAGGGUUUCAAUGUGUUCCUAAUUCGAUGUAAAUAGAAAUUUAGGGCACAAGAUAAGGCCUAGAAGACAGGAACAAAAGUGGACUAGGGAGCCGUAGUUUUAGGAGCUAUUGCUGCGUGGUUUAUCUCAAGAAGAAGAAGAAGAUGAUUAUGGCUAUUGCUGAUUGAUAGGCCUUCCAACUGUAAAUAGGUCGGGACAUUGUUCGAUGUUCAUUUGUAAAUUAAAUCAUGCUUAAAUUCCGAGCAUCAUUUCUUUC